AUUAUGUUUUCUCUUUGGCGCAGUUGUUUAUUUCCUACGACUUUGCGCACACCGAGGAGAGGCCUUAGGCUAGGGCUAAAGCACGUUUUUUCCUAUUAAAAUCGUGCGUAUAGGUCAAACUUAGCCAUGCAGAAUACAGUAAAAGCAUUUGAAACCUCUUUAGAUUUGAUCAUGUCCCGUGUUCAAGAUCUGAAGCAUUCCAUUGGGUCAUUCAUCCUUAAGCUGGAACAUGAACACCAAAUGCUUAAUUGGCCUUCUGUACUUGACAGUUUUGCAUUGUUAUCAAGUCAGAUAAAUAUGUUGAAUAAAGUUCUCAAAGGUGACAAGACUCCAUCCCUUAGAAACAUGGUUCUAUUGCCUCUUGAACUAUCUCUUGACCGAGAUGAAGAUCUUGAGAAAUUGACAGAAGGGAGAGUACCAGUUUUUAAUCAUGAUGUGGUGCCAAAUUAUUUGAGAACAAAACCUGAACCAGAAAUAGAAUCAAAGAAUCAACAACGCAAAAAUAUUGCAGCUCAAAUUACCCCGGAACUUGCACAGAAACAAAUUAAUAGUCUGAAUAAAAUCACUGGGCGUUUGCUAGAUCACCUGAACACUGCAAAAGAAGACUGGGAAACUGACUCUUCUAGUUCUAGACUAAAUAUGACAACAGACAAUAGAGCUGAUACUCAAAGUUUAGUUGGAACCAUAGCACUUGGUAAGGGGAUCAAGCAAGUCCGACAACAGACACAGCCCACACCCAGCCAAGCAGUCAUGCAGCAACCAAGACACGUGGAUCAACAUAUACACAAGCCCCAGAGCACUGUAAGAACACACAUUCGACCUGGAAGUUCUGUUCACCCUUACAACAGAACAUGAAAUAUUUGGUGAUUGCAUCAAUAUGGCAUAACUGAAGGCAUUUGGAGAAAUGUGUUGCAUGUGGGUGUCACUUAGAGGACCUUAACAUGGAAAUGUACAAACGUCAAAGGCCCUAUACAAAAAUCUUGCAUUGUGAUCAUGGCAUUUGUCAUAAUAUUGACAAUGCUUGUAGCAUUAUACAGUAUGUUGCCAUGGGAAGGGGAUUUGUGGUAAUGCAUGAAGAUGUGUUGGACAGGAUUUUAAGUUAGGGCAUCUGUAUAAUUAUACAGUAGCAAACCCAGGUUUGAAUCCAGGUUGGGGGAAAUUAUUUCACACAAAUUCUUUUUAUUUUUAAUAUCUAUGAUUUAUAAAACAAUAUCAUACAAGAUGGUUUAGAGUGUAUCGCUUUAUGUGUACAGUUUUAAUAAAUCAAGUGAUUCUUCAAA